CUACUCCUUAAAUAUCUUUUCUAGAGCUUGGUCUCUUAAAUUAUUCUCUUCAACUGAAAAUUUCAUCCAAUGCCAAGAUUUCAGCUGACACCUUGAGGUGAAGACUUCCAUUCCUAUGAGGUAUGGUGGGCAUUUUCCCUCCAUACUCUCAGCAUGCAUACCCACUCUGUUGAGAUGCUCUACCCAAUUCAAUCCAGGAUUAUAGGAAGAAGCUAUAAUGCAGUAAGGAAAAAGAGAAUAACUUUCUUUAAGGCACAUAACAACACAGGGGGUAUAUUUGAAAGUCUUGUAGAAGAUCCACCCAGCUUGAACCAUUCAUUCCCUCCUCUGGUAGUUGUAACAUCACAAUGGACCAAGGACCAGAAAAAGAUCUGGGACAAGAGUGGAGAAAAAAGAAAAUAAAAGAGCAAAACAGAAGACUUUAUGCCCACUGAACAUGAACUUGAAUAGGCUAAUGGGGAGACUGAAAAGGAAAAGAAAUGAAGAACUAUUUAGAGCCAUCUCUUGAUUAAAAACAUCCCUGACUAAUGAUAAGAUUUUUCCAGUAAUAGACUGUGUCAUUUUCAUGAUUAAUGUCAUCUGUAUUUUCAGCUCAGAUCUUUCUACCAAGCAUCUAACUCCCUCCUGAUGACCCAUGGCAUAGGCAUCACAAAUGUGAAAUUCCAAUUUGCUCCUCUUUUGUGCCUCUGUAAAUGGAACUAUCAUCCCUCUACCUGGCAUGGGUUAAAUUUUAUCCCUCCAAGAUUCACAUGUUGAAAUCUUAAGCUAGAAACCUUGCAGUGUGAUCUUAUUUGGAAAUAGGUUCCUUGCAGAUUUAGUUAGUUAAGUGGAGAUAAGGUCAUUAGGUUGAGCCCUCAUCCAGUGGUUGUUAUUCAUAUAAAAAGGGAAAAACUGGACAUAGAGGCAGGGGGAGCAUCAUGUGAUGAUAAAGGCGGAGAUCAGUGAUUCUUUUGUAAGACAAGAAACAGACUGCCGGCACACCAUCAGAAGUUAGGAAAGAGGCACAAAAGAGAUUGACCCUCUCAGCUCCUAGAAGAAACCAAUCCUGUGCAUACCUUGAUCUUGAACUUCUAGACUUCAGAACUGUGAGGGAAAGAUUGUUGCUUAAGCCACCCAGUUCAUGAAACUCUAUUAUGCUACCCAACAAAGAUUUACCCUCCACUGUCUCCUCAUCCAUUGCCUGUAUAAGACAGGAGUACUGGGUAAUCAGAAAUCUGUGUCACAUUAGGAGAAGACAGAAAAAGGUUUGACGAGUGAACAAGAAUAGGUCAAGGCUGUUGUAAGAUGCUAAAUGGGUCUGGCAUUUGAAGAGGCUGUAGAGAAAGUGGAGGAGCAAGCAGGGUGUGAAACUGCACCUAGCUGUGGGUAAAAUAAACUUACUGCUCAGUUGGAAAAUGCCAAGAACACAGAGGCUGCAUCAAAUGUCAGAAGAGGUGGGGCUGGCUGAAGGCCAGGGCUCCCCUGGGCUCCUUCCCCACAGCAGACUUGGGGCUGGACUUUUGCCUAGGGGGUGUGUUAGGGUGAGUGGAGAUCUUUGCUGCUGAAUUCCUCCAGUGCACGGCCAGGCCACAGCAUGUACAUCCCGAGCACAACUCUGCCAGGCUGCUGAAGGUGUCCCUCUGACAGCUGCAAGACAAACCAGCAAGUUUUGAUGAGCCACCAUGCUCCAGUCCACGAUGUGUGAGUUGAGUGGGAAGCAGGUAGUCCUCAGUCCCUGCUCCAACUCUGCCAGAAAAUGGGGGACUGCGCCACGGCUCCUGGAAUUGGACUCAAAACUUGAGAAAGAAGAAAUGAAGGACUUGAAAUGAGACACCUCCUUGGACUCCCACCAGGACCCCAGAAGCUGGGCUUGUCUUUCCCUUUAUCCCCUCCACUCUUCCCCUCUCCUCACCACCUCCUGCUCCCCAAGCACCUAUUCCUGCCUGUCCUACUCUCUCACCUCUUCCCAGAUCCACCAAUCCUCCCUUAUCACCGUCACCUCCUUCCUUCUUUCUUUCUCCUCAGAUACUCCUUUCUUUCCCUCUCCCCAAAUCCUCCUAAUUCUGAGUCUUCCCUCAUUUCCUCCUCUUUUCCUCCCCUCAAUUUCUCCCCUUCUCUGCCUUUUCCUCCCUUGUGUUUCUCCUCCCUGUGAUCGUUCCUCUCCUCUUCCUGCUCCCCUUUCUACCCUCCUUUAGCCCUACCAGCUCCCCUCCCACACUGUUUCCCCACCCUCUCUUUCCUCCUCCUCUUCCCCUUGCCUCUCCCCCUAGUGUUUGCUUUUCUCCUGGACCCGGAUGAAAAGGUUGGCCUGCCCGUGCCCUGCCCUGCCCCAUUUCUGGCAGCUGGGGUCUCACUUCAUGGCUGAGGGCGCUGGGACUCAGGCCCCAGGGCAAGGGCCCCAUGUCAGCAUCCAGUACCUGCGAGCCCAGUACGAAGGCCUGAGGAGGCAGCAGAGGACACAGGCCCACCUCAUGGUGCUCCCAAAAGGGGGCAACGCACCUACUCCUGCCGAAUCCAUGAUCAGUGCUGUUUGGAUUAACAAGGAGAGAAGGGGCUCACUGUCCCUGGAAGAGGCAGCUGUGGAGGAAGGGAGGGUGCCAGAAGAAGCCUACAGAAUCUGUCUUCCAGCUGCUGAGUCUCCGUGGCAUACACACCUAGAGAUGCACCGCUUAGUCCGAACUUUUCACCAGGAAAUCACUCAUCAAGUAGAGCCAAAGGGCCAGCUUGUGGGGUCUGACCAAAGGCUUCCUCUAGAAGAAGACCAACACUUGUUUGAAAAUAAUCAAAAGACUCAGCAAGGAACCCAACUCCCAGAGGCAGCCCAGCCUCAGUGUCAGAUGGGCAGUACCAAAACAAAGCCAGAGGGAUCCAGCCUGAAGACCAGCACUGAAUGUCCAUCUUCCGUAAAGAACCCACACAGGCCGGCCAAACCAGCUCACUAUCCAUUUCCACGAAGGAAAACUCCCAGGAUCUCCCAAGCUGCCCGGAACCUGGGCUUAUAUGGUCCAGUCUGAAGAUUUCUUUUCAGCCAGAUGUCUCAGCCUUAAGCCAUUUAGGAACUCACUGAACUAAAGGGACAACCACAAUUAGAGCCUUGAGCUGUGAGCAAGAACUGGACUCCCCCAAUGGUAAGAUUUACUGGAAAGGAACUUCACAGUGGAAAUAUAAUGUUGACCUUCGAAGAUCAAGAGAUUUCCCAGGUCAGACUGUUCACCAUUUAGGAUGAAACAGUGCUAUCUAAAUAAUGCAGCAACAUUCUGCUUACACAAGAAGAUGCUGCUAUGGAGCCCAGAAUGUCCAUUCCUUGAGGAGGAGAGUCCUGCAGGACACCUGCUUCAUCCUUGAAUGUGGAGAAGUUUGCAACACAAAGCAGGAGCUUUAGCCAAUACAAUGCCUUAGUAAUGCCCAGAGGUCAGUGAACAUUAGCAAACUCACAGUCAGUAGUUUCUGAUUCUUCAGAUAUUCUGGAGAAGAUGAGCUCUGAGAAUUCAGACAACCUUUUCUGGUUUCCAUGGCUGGGGGCCAUCUCACUUGUAUGUCACUACAUUCAUUAGGAGUGGAAGUUACAAAGACAUUCAUGUAGAGGUCACUACAUUCAUUCAUUUCAUUUUGAGCCUUUCAAAGUAUGGUAAAGCAAGUCAGGAGCAUUUCAAGAGUCCUUAGAAAAGGCUGGUCAUCUGUCCACGGUCACUAAGACUGCACAUUCCCACCUCAUCACAAAUUUAUUUCCUUCCUUCCACUUUCUCCUUCUUCUCUCUACAACUGAGUGUCACAUUAAAAACUGCCAAUUAUUGGAGGUAUAUAGUGAUGGGAGGCUGAGUGUAAAUACACACACACACACACACACACACACACAAAUACUCCUGUUUGGAAAAUAUGUGUUCCCCACACGCUGCCCCUUUUUCAGCCUAACUUGGAUCACUUCUGUCCUUCCUGGGAUAAAUAAAUGCUUUGAAAGCUAAGAACAAAA